UAUGUCUAAAAAAAAAGAAAAAAAGAAAAAAAAAAACGAAGAAGAGCAUGAGCCCAACAUUUUCCAUUAUUAUUGAUAUAUUAACCCAAACCCAAUCUUUUUAGCCCUGUAAUUAACACACCUGGAGAAGAUGUUUUGGCGCGCGAGGCCGUUUCAGAUCGUUUGCCGCCCAACUAAUUUUCAACAUACCAUCUGCGAAUCAGAUAAUUCUCUUUCAGGCAGUGAGAUCUGAUAAGUAUGGAGAAGUACGAGAUACUUGAGAAUAUUGGAGUCGGAACCUUUGCGUCAGUUUACAAGGCCUACAACCGUGAGACAAAUGAAACUGUUGCUUUAAAAGGGCUUCAUGUUUUUGACAAAUUUGAAGGCGUGGCGGGUUCAAUAAUUAGAGAAAUCUCUUUGCUGAGAGAGAUGAAGCAUAGCAAUAUUGUCAGGUUGUUAGAUGUAGCUGUAGAGAGUGGAACGAAUAAAGUGUUUCUUGUUUUCGAGUAUAUGGAUGUUGAUCUGAAGGAUUUCAUGGAUACUCGUUCAGAGACUGCCAAGGAUCCACAUUUGAUAAAAAGGUUUCUGCAUCAGAUACUCAGUGGUCUUGCCUAUUGUCAUUCUUACAAAAUUGUGCACCGAGAUCUUAAACCACAGAAUUUGCUGAUAAACUCCAGUGAAAAAAUCCUGAAGCUUGCAGACUUUGGAUCAGCCAGGCCAGUUGGUGUUCCUCUCAAUAAAUAUACUGAAGGCGACGAGAUAGCAACUCCAGCUUACAUGGCACCUGAACUCUUCAAUUACUUGAAAUAUUCCACUGAAGUUGAUAUGUGGUCUGUGGGAUGCAUAUUUGCUGAGAUGUGUAACCACGAGCCUCUCUUUUGUGCUUCAGAUGAAUUUGGACUUAUAGACAAAAUUUUCAGCUUAUUGGGCAUACCAGAUAAACAAAUCUGGCCUGAAGUGACUGAACAUUGUCAAUUUUUGGGUAUUGCCGAGAAUAGUCCUCCUAAGAAUCUGGCAGAAGUAGUUCCCGAUCUUGAACCAGCUGGAGUUGAUCUUCUUUCUAAAAUGCUUCGCUACAACCCAAGAGAAAGAAUUACAGCUUUUGAUGCACUGAAUCACCCGUACUUUGCUGGUCUUGGGGGACCUUGAUUCAUCUACAGACCUACAUCUUUCUAUUAUACCAACAUUACAGCAAUUUGUAGUUUAGUGUUGGAGAAGAAUUGUGUAGUUGCAUCUUUUGUUUGUUUACUGUUUAAAUGAAAGAAUGGUGAACUUUCAGGUUGUAGAACUAACCAUUUGUUGGUGGUGUUUGAUAUCAAUUUAGUGAGGCAGAGAAGCAUUUCAAUAACACAUUUUUUAGUUUUUCU